AUGCUAAAAAGGCCGGGAGAGUAUGAACCCCCCUUAGGUAAAAUAUGGACAAGAGCAGAAUCCAGAAUGUGGACAAUAACAAUGUUCAGUGGAACUUGUGUUUUGUAUGCCGCCCGUGCUAGUCUUCCAAUUUGUGCGGCUGCCGUGGCGAAAGAAUUCGCGUGGAAUAAGACAGAUUCGGGUACCGUACUCUCGUGCUUCUUCUGGGGAUACGCUCUUACACAGGUGUUCGCAGGGAGGAUAGCUGAUAAAUAUGGUGCUGAAAAGAUCCUUCCCUACUCGAGUCUCGCAUGGACAAUGAUCACAUUCUUCACUCCUCACCUAUUCGAUUUCGCGUAUUGGACUAACUAUCCGCUCGUUGUUCUGUUAGCAAUUCGUGUUUUGACUGGUGUUUGUCAAGCAUUUCAUAUUCCAUCCCUCGCCUCGAUCGUCUCGAAACAUUUGGCUGCUGCUGACAAGGGACGCGUUUUUGGAAUUGUGUUGGCUGGCUCUCACUGGGGAACAGUCCUUGCCGGUGCUAUCGGAAGUAUCCUCAUCGAAUGGAUCGGUUGGAGGUCUCUUUUCCAAUUCGUCGGAAUUCUAUCACUGAUUUGGUGUUGGGUAUUCCGAUGGGUUCUGGAUAAGAAUAAGGGAAUGACUGGUGGUGGAGGAAGAAGUUCACCGCAACCAGAUGAAGAGGUUCUGUUGGAUAAGAAACAUGACACGAUCGAAUCCCACCUGUCAGCCAACGCCCCGUGUCCAUCAGUCCCCUGGGGAACACUAUUCCGUCAUCCGGCAUUUUGGGCGGCCGCCGUUGCACAGUACACUGGUGGCAACUCCUAUUCGAUUCUUUUCAACUGGCUCCCAUCGUAUUUCCAUGAAACAUUCCCAACUGCUAAAGGUGUCGUCUAUAAUGUUGUACCGUCACUCGCUAUCGUCGUCACCUCAUUAGUGGCGCCAGUGAUGGCUUCACGAUUCCUUGCCGAAGGAAAAACGGUGACUUACACGAGAAAAUUGAUGGAGGGAGCGAGUUUGAUUGGAAUCGCAUUCUGUCUGAUGCUUGUCCCAAUGACGUCAUCAUUCUGGCUGUCGCUUCUGAUCUUCACGAUGGCGAUGGCGGCGAGAGGGUUGCAUCACGGAGGUGUUUCGGUGAAUCCACAUGAUUUUGCACCGAAUCACGCGGGAAGUGUUUUUGGCGUGUUCAACGCUUGUGGAGCCAUCACGGGAUUCGUCGGAGUCUACAUUGCUGGUCACAUUCUCGAGGCGACAAACAACAAUUGGUCGUACGUAUUCGUCGUCACCGCUGCUCAAUGUGUCGUCGGAGCAAUGGUUUACACACUUCUAGGCACAGGACAGAAGAUUAUUUGA